CUUGGUGUAGCGUGUGUAUACGCUAACCGUUCGUUUCCAUUCAGAUUCGGCUCUUUCUUCAGUGCGCGGCCACUGUUGGUUUGAUAAAGGUGCGCGGCGCGUCUCUUGUAUCUGUCGGUCGUUUUUGAUCGCUCGUCGCAUCUCGCGUGGAUGGAGCGACUGUUCGUGGACUGAUUCCCCGAUUGGGGAUUAGAGAGGGAUUUUAUUUGGAGUAUUUUGGGCUCGGUGAGACGGAUUUGGUGGUGUUGUGACUUUUUUGGUUUGUCGAUUCGAUGGAUUAAAAGUCUUUAUGAAUCAAGAUGAGAUUUUCCGAGAAAUUUCGAAGGAAAUUCAUCAUCAUGAUCCAGUGCUUAGGAUAUUUAUUGCUGGGAUUAUUUUGGACGAAUCCCACUACAGCUCUAAGAAGAUCUUUCACAAAUGGAACAUGGAUGAGAAUGGGAAUGAUCAUGGACGAGAUGAUGCAGAAUGAUCAAGGUAGUCCAUCCUGUAAAGCUCUACCUGGAUUAAGUCCAGGUCAAGCUCGUCUGUGCCAAUUAUAUCUGGACCAUAUGAACGCAGUAGCGAUGGGCGCCAAACAAGCACUGAACGAAUGCAAACAUCAGUUUCAAAAUCGACGAUGGAACUGCUCGUUGCUGGAUGACGUGAACGUGUUCGGACCUGUAAUUACAAUCGCCAGUCGGGAAACAGCAUUUGCACACGCCUUGGCCGCAGCUGGCGUAGUGCAUUCAAUAUCCAGAGCAUGUCGAGACGGUCAACUUUCCUCCUGUGGCUGUUCUAGAAUGGAACGACCCAAGGAUUUGAGAAAGGAAUGGGUUUGGGGUGGAUGCGGAGAUAACUUAGAAUAUGGAUAUAGAUUCACACAGAAUUUUGUCGAUGUUCGUGAGAAGGAAAGGAAAUUUAAAAGGGGUACGAGAGAACAAGGUCGGGCUCUUAUGAAUUUACAUAACAAUGAAGCUGGCAGAAGGGCUGUAAUAAAGAAAUCCAAAGUUACAUGCAAAUGUCAUGGAGUUUCAGGAUCAUGCUCAUUAAUUACAUGUUGGCAACAGUUGGCUAAUUUCAGAGAAAUAGGGGACUAUCUUCGGGACAAAUACGACGGCGCUACAGAAGUUCGUGUCAACCGUAGAGGACGCCUCCAACUUCGAGAUCCUCAAGUUACCAUUCCCACGGCCUACGACUUGGUUUAUUUGGAGGACUCUCCCGAUUACUGCGAACGAAACGAUAUCACGGGGUCAUUGGGCACCCAAGGGCGUCCUUGUAAUAGGACAAGUCCAGAUAUAGACGGUUGUAACAUCCUGUGCUGCGGCAGAGGUUACAACACGAUCAAAUCGAUAGUGAAAGAGAGAUGUCAAUGUAAAUUUAAAUGGUGUUGUGAGGUAGAGUGUAAGACGUGCGUCAUAUCCCUGGAUACGCAUACUUGCAAAUGAAAGUAUAGUGAAAUCGGACUAUAUGAUAUUCGUACAGUAUUAUUUAUGAUUGAAGAGACUGAAGUGGCAAAUAAAAGACAGUAAAAUUGAUUCAACUUUAAUUUAUUUAAUAUUUUGUAGUUUUAUAUAAAUAUUUAU